AUGUCACUAGGCGCUGUGCGAGUUCCUCUCGACUUCUUGGAGUUCCCGGACCGGAGGCAGAUCAGCUUCAAAGUGCGGGAAAGACUUGGGAGAGUGUUUAGAAAUUUGUCUAAAGCGGGCGCCACCGAGGUUCGCAUACCCUGUACCGUGGAAGAAGGGAAGUUCAGACAGAUUCUAGCGCGAUUGGGGCUCUCCGCCGAUCAGCUCCGUGGAACUCGGCGGAGGGGACAGAGGGACUUGCCUCUUCUUACCGGAGUUACAUUGUCGUGCCUCUACGGCGACUAUCUUGUUGCGGCGGCCAAGGGGAACAAGGAGACUUCACUGAUCGUUCAUCUGUUCUCUGCGGAUCUGCUCGAUCCACUGCUCGAACUCAUUUCCGCGUUGUCCUAUGAGCCACAAAAAUCGAAUGGAGAGCUGUACCAGAAGAUCGUAGAGAGCUACCGCCGCGAUGAGGUCAUAUACGCACUCUGCAUGGGAUCUCUUACGGGGGGAUUUAGUAUGUGCACGGUGGGUCACCGAGAGCAGCUGCACAAGGAAUUACCCUCAGCGAUCAGUCCACCAUCCGGUAUCUUGACCGGAAGUUGA